AUGAGCGCGAGAGUAAUGAAUCCUGCGAUGAUGACUGAAAGUCGUAAAUUAGGAGGCGCCGUUGGAGGAGGAGGUAGUGGUGGACGUGUUGUCCCAACUCGUGCUGAAUUAGCUAAAGUCAGACGAGAUUUAUUUGGUCCAGUUGACCACGAAGCCGCGAGAGCUUUUGUUGAACGCGAGUUGAAAGCACAAUCUGUGCUGGACGCUGAACGCUGGGGCUUUGACUUUAGCUUGGGUUUGCCAAGGAACACCAGUGCUCGCUAUGACUGGGAAGUCGUCAGCAAUGAAGAAGUCGUCCCCGAGCCAUACGCGCUACGAGGCAUGCCGUACUUACGCAAAAAUGCUCCAAGUACGCCGAGAAAAACCAACGAACGUAGUGUCUCGUCGGCGAACCGGCGUUCGACGUCACUGUCCCCGAUGAACAUGGAUUCUGGACGUCCUAAAGCUGAGAGGACGCCCCCGCAAGAGCCCAGGGUUCCGGAAAUCGGGGAACCGGAGGAUGAGUUCAGAGGGGAGUGUGCGAAGAAAUCUUGCGUUAUUCCGGAACCUACAACACCAGUUCUGCCUACAUCUGCGAGGAAGCAAUCCAGUAUCACCGAUUUUAUGAAAACCCGCAAACGUACGUCAAACAGUAGCACGAAGAAAAGUAGUAUCGAGCCGCCAGAGAAAUUGCCUCGUAACGCGGGUCAGAUACGCAGCUAA